CAAAAGAAAGCAAACAAAAAGCAAAGUCUGGGUUUGCCUAAUUUUGUUAUUUACCUUUCGCUAUAAAAAUUCAUUUAAAUGACUGUUAAAUGCAAUAGAGAGCGGAUAGCAAAUUUAGCAUGAAGAAUAUUCCAAAGCUUUCUCCCAGACAUUAUGAGUUGUUUCCAUUCCUCAAAAUCAUUCAUAACGUCGGUCCUUAUUUUCUGUUCAAUUUUGUUCGUUUAAUGCACAGUUCUUUGUUUAAUGCCUUUCAUAUAUUCAAUAUUCAAAGUAAACAGCUAUUGUGUAUCAACCGAAUUUUUACAAUGAGCAGACGACAACUUCUAUUAAUAUCCUCCUCCAGGGUUCAUGGAUUUAAAUAUCUGGAACAUUCCAAAGAUCAAAUUAAUAAUUUACUCAAAAAGAAAGAAGUAGAUACUGUAUUAUUUGUACCAUAUGCAUUGAAAGAUCACGAUAAAUAUACAGAAACCGUUGGUAAUGCUCUCAGUGCCUGGGGUUACAAAGUCGAAGGCCUGCAUACUAAAUCAAAUCAAAUCGAUGCUGUCAAAAAUGCCCAAGCUAUCUUUGUUGGUGGUGGGAAUACAUUUGUUCUUUUAAAAACGUUGUAUGAAAAGAACCUAGUUGAAACUAUCCGAGAAAGGGUACUUCAAAAUGGUAUUCCAUACAUUGGAAGCAGUGCUGGAACAAAUGUUGCUACCCGAUCAAUUCAUACAACAAAUGAUAUGCCAGUUGAUUAUCCACCCACUUUUGAUGCACUUCAAUUGGUGCCUUUCAAUAUAAAUCCACAUUAUUUGGAAACUGAUUUAGAAACAAAACAUAAAGGUGAAACACGUGAUGAAAGGAUUAAUGAAUAUAUAGAUUAUCAUAGUCUGCCUGUUUUGGGAUUGCGUGAAGGAACAAGUUUGUUAGUCGAUGGGGACAAAGCUACUCUGAUGGGGGAUCGGAAUGCAAAGUUGUUUAAAGCAGAUAAGGAACAAGUUGAAUACCCGCCACAAUCUGACCUCAGCUUUUUACUUUAAAAUUAGUUGAAUUUUUUUGUAUGUAAUUUUAAUAAUCAAACUUUAUGAAAUUAAUAAAGUGAUAUAAAUAAUAAAGAAUGAUUCUAUUGAGUCAAAUAAAAUGAUAU